AUGGCCGUGACCAACGCCCUCCAGGACCUCUUCAACAGCUUCUACGAGCUCCUCUCGUCCAUCUUCAACGCCUUCUACCACGUCCUGCAGACCUUCUUCAACGCCAUCAUCGGCUUCUUCACCGGAAUCGUCAAUCUCGUGUCGGACGUUUUCGCCGGCGCCAUCGACGUCGUGGGCGGCCUGGGCAAGUUUGUCCUGAGCAACUUUGUCAUCAUCGGCGUCAUUGCCGCCGGCGGCUACGCGUACGUCCGCUACACGUCGCAGGGAAGACAGGUCGCCGCCGGCAAGAAGACGGCGUAG